AUGGAAGAUGAUUUCAUUAAAUCGAUUCAAGACAAAAAAAUAAAGGAUUCAGUGUCAUUCUCAUCAGGAGACGACAAAAACGAUGAAAUGCAAAUACAGAUAGAAUUCGAUGAAAAAUCUAUUAAACAUGCAGAAUUCGUGCAAAAUAAUCCACGACUAGAAAAUAUCCUUUACUCAAUACCGGUUUAUCGGCAAAAAAUAUAUGGUAAACAAAUUGAUGAGGAAAUAGGGAAGAACUCGCGAAAGUUGAUUAUUCAAAAUAUUCACGGAUUUGCUGGACCUGGGGAAAUCUUAGCGAUCAUGGGCCCAUCGGGAUGCGGAAAAACUACUCUUUUGAACGCGAUCGGAAAUCGCUUAGGCACUAAAGCCAUAGAAGGAACAAUUAAAAUGAAUGGACAUAAGCCAACUAAAGACUCGAAGCGUUUUAUAGCCUAUUGUGCUCAAGAUGACACCUUUUUUCCAUACUUAACCGUUAGGGAGACUCUCUCUUAUACGUCUCGACUGCGCCUUCCACGAGAAAUGUCCACUAGCGCAAAGUUAGAGCAAGUAGAAAACAUAAUUCAAAUGUUAAACCUUUCAAAAUGUUCAAAUACAAGAAUUGGUGACAUGAGAAUUCGUGGAAUAUCAGGUGGUGAGAAGAAACGGGUUAGUAUUGCAAACGAACUUUUAACCGAACCUAGCGUUAUUUUGUUGGACGAGCCUACUUCUGGUUUAGAUUCAUCGUUAGCAUUAGACCUUGUACAGACUCUAAAAGAGUUAGCAAAAAAGCAGAGAAAAACGAUAAUAAUGGUUGUUCAUCAGCCCUCAUCACAGGUUUUUGAACUAUUUGAUAGGCUUUUACUAAUGGCAGAUGGACAAGUAGCUUAUUUUGGUGAUAGUGCGGAUAUUGUCGAUUAUCUUGCCAACGAAGGAUUUGUUUGUCACCCUAAUUUCAAUCCAGCUGACUAUAUGUUGGAACUUUUAAAUAACCCAACGGCAAAACAGAAAUUAAUAACCACACAUGCAAAUAGCAUACAAUCAGAUUCAUCUGGUAAAUUAGUAGUCGAAAAAUGUUUCAAAAGACCCACAAGUUCUGAUGACUCGAGAAUAACAGGAUCUUCGAAACAUAAAUGGGAGGCAACAUUUCUUCAACAAUUAAUGAUCCUUACAGAAAGAAGUUUUAAACAACGUAGUAAAGUUGUAUUAUCAAAACUGAAUUUUACGCAAAUAUUUAGUUUAGCGAUAAUUAAUUGCCUUAUUUGGUUCCGGAUGCCUUAUACUGAAGCUAGUUUACCGGAUCGAUAUGGGAUGAUCUUCUUCACAACAACAUUUUGGAUCUUUUUUGCAUCAAUGAUCACAAUAACAGCAUUCCCGCUAGAUUUUGAUAUUCUUAGUAAAGAACGUCAGUCACGUUCAUAUCGACUUCUCUCAUAUUUCCUCUCGAAACAAAUUGCAGAAUUGCCCCUUUUAGUCGUUUUUCCAAUACUUUAUAUGUGUAUUGUUUACUGGACUGUCGGAUUAAUACCUAGUGCUAGUAGUUUCUUUGCAUACAUGGCGACCGCAAUAUUAACAGUUUUUACAGCACAAAGCUUUGGAUACCUUUCUGGAGCUGCUUUUAUGGAUGUUCAAAGUGCAACAUUGGCAUGCACACUUUUCAUGUUAGCAUCUAUGUUACUAGGUGGAUUUUAUAUACGUAAUUUACCAUUUGGGUUAUUAUGGUUGAAAUAUGCUUCAUUCAUUUUCUAUUCGUAUUCCAUCAUGAUGCAAAUACAAUUCGAUUCACCAUAUGCAAGCUUUAAAUGUUCGAACUUGGGUCAGACUAGUGAUUAUUCACAAUGUUUACAUUCUUCAGAUGGUUAUAUACAGGGAGUUGCUGUAUUGGAACAUUUACAACUGAAUAUAAUACCUUGGUAUG